AUGGGUGAGCAAUGCAUACCCGGCAGCAGCUUAACUUGCACACCCUCUGUGAUGAUACCGCAAAUAAAUACGAGACCAUCCCAACAACAACAACACGGCGACGACGAGGACGACGAACUGAAAAAUGACGAAAUUCGGGAUCACAGAGGAAGGCUGCGGCAAUCAUCUCAAACCAAAUCCUCUUGGUGGAAUCCCCUCGAAGGAGUCUUGGACACCUUUAUAGGAGUACCAGAAGAAACAAAGGAAGAAGUAGAACAGAGAAAGCAGGAGAAGGAACAACAAUUGCAGCAACAGGCAGCGCAAAUGGAAGUCGACCUGAAAGAACAAAUGGAACUCGACCUGAAAGAACAAAUGGAACUCCAGGAAGAAGAAGAGCAGAUGGAACUCGAACGACUUGGGAGCCAACUGGAGAGGAAGAAAAAAUACGACCAAGAAGAGACCUCUUGGUGGGAUGCCUUUGAAGGCGUUUUGGAUGCCAUUUCGGAAGAGCUCGAGACCAAAGAAGAACUUCAGGCAAGAAUGGAGAGGGUGCGGCGUCAGCAACGUAUACGACAGCUCAAACUGAAACUCGAGGAAAAUCGUCAGAAGAGUUUGGAACUAUCGCGACGACAGCGUUCACUGGUCGUACCAGCCAACGCCAGUCGCGAAAAAGGAGAGAAAAAGACAAAGAAGUUUUCAAUGAUGCCGAAUGGGUUUUCACUGAAUCAACCACCACAGUGUCUUGGAUGCAAGGUACCAAAAGAACCGCAAACAGAAAUGAGAAACUUUGCAGAAUUAUCUGUCAUUCAAAACAAUUAUCAGCAACAGCCUUUGAAGCAGUCACGACAACGUUCACAGGAACAACCAGCCAUGAUUUACGAAAAAGACCUGAACAAAACUACUACUAGUCCUACUAGUAGACAGGCUCCAAUGGUGAGGCCAACAAAUGGUUUUCCACUAAGGCACCCACAGUGUCUUGGAAGUAAGAUACCAAACGAACCACAGACAGAAAUGAAGAACUUUGCCGAACUGUCCGAACCAAGGAAUCAUCAGCGGACUAGAAGAAAAUGA